AUGGCCCACUCGAUUGAUUUAGGGCAAGCCAACUUCCGCUCCUAUAUUCUAGAUCUGAAUCUCAUGCUGCAUGCAUCAGUAGAGUUAUUCUACGAGAGAGUUCGGAGCUCAGUACAAACUCAGAAUCUAGAACAACUGAUCCAGUCUGCAGAGUUAUGGAUUAUUCAAGCCCCAGAGGUUAAGAUGCACCUCAUUACCACCGGAGACCAGACUCUCCCGAUGGUUGCAGUUUUCUCAUCACUCCUUGGAGAUAUGCUUUGCAAUUUGAGACUUUGGUCGGAUUUAGAUCUUGCUAUCGUGCCCAGAAGCUCUAAUCAUUCAGUCGAGCCGCACCCUUCAGACACCCUUCGACACUCUUUUGGAUUACGCAGGAAGACCGGAAGAUCCACAACCACAAAGAUGACUAGAAUACCAGCUACAAUGCGAGCCGUAAGCGAUGCUGCUCCUCCACCUACAGUUGUUACGGCUUGCUUAUCUUCGAUUACCAUUCUCCUGGAAUACUCCAGCCCGAGACAAGAUAUACCGAGAUCAUUUUCAGUGGAAUCUGAAUCACCGCCAACGACACGGUUUCAGAGGUUGGUAGCCAGUCCAAACAACUCAUAUACUUUGCUAGAUGAGGACUUUUGUCGGGAGUCAUCUGUAAUGCAGCUUGGAUUUGUGGAUGAGCAUGGGUACUACGACGCAUUGGCCUUUCCCGAAGAACUCGCGGCCAUCGACGACAACUUCACACAGCAGACAAAAUGCCACAGUCAGAUCUAUCAAUGUUUCUAUGAUCUUUUCUCAAAAAGCUUUCAUUCACUUUUUGCUGGCUGUUCUCGGCGGGCGAACGAGUCUGACCUAGAGGAUAAUCGUCUCCGACCUCUGUCUCGCUUGGUACCGUCAGUGUUCAGCCUAGGAUACCGAGAGGCUAUCAGUCAAAGAUCGCACUUGAUCCCUUCGAUUGCCAAGUCUCUGACUUUCAUGCUGAAAACAACAGAAAAUCCAAUUUUACAAAGAAAGAUUGAAAAUCUUCGAGGUCUCAAUUGUCCUCAAGUUGCAGCAACAUCUCAAUCUCUGCAAACAACUCAUGUGAGAACGGCGAUACGAACGGCUCUUUGGAAAAUCGCCCAGAAACAGCUAUACAAUCCUCAAGCUUUGCGGAAAUCAAAUCUGCUGGACACCCUUGAUCGUUCUUUUCACAGUCACAGAGCUGUGGAUGAUGACCUAUUCUUGGGGAUGGGCAUGGACGAGCUUCAUGAUACUCAUGAUAUUGAGGAUCAGGGGAUAUACGACUUUGACCACUACAUAGAUACCAGUGACGACAGCCUCGCAUUCGAAGAGGAUGACAACAUAAGCGACAACAUCAGUUCUCUCUUGUCUCUUGAUGGAAAUGGCUCGCUUGAUCUAGCCGACAUGUUAGAGCAUGACGAUACAGAAAUCGAUCAAACCUGGCCAAAUCAAAUAAUGCUCAAUUGCUUCCCUGUCAAAUCAUCCGACUCGUUAGACUAUCUGCCAGAGCAACUAUCGUGCCGGCUUUCUAUUAGCGACAGUGAAAUGCUUGUAUCCGAUUUCUUUGAAGACGAAGGUUCAGACCCACCGAUUCUUACUCACAGCGCCACAAGUAUCUCUGAGAACCUUGAGGCCAUUGUUGAGGAUUACGAUUUUAUGCUAUGUGACGACUAUUGA